GUAAAUGUUACCAAUAGAAACGUAUUGAGUGAUACCUAAAUCUCAAACUCUUUAAACAAUAUAAUGAAUUCCUUUCACGUUGAUCCUGUUGCCUGCAAACCUUCAGUAACCGUCUCGAAAUGCUCCUUCGGCAAUCCACGGCUAUAGAGUCUAUAGAGCUCAUGGAAAUGCACUCAGCCCUUCUUUCACCCGUUUAGACAAACUCAGUUACACAGCCGACGACCAUGUCGAAGCGCCUGACUCCAAAAGUGUUCACACAGAGCGUGCUCCGCGCGUUCAUGAAGGAGUCUGGCCUCGAGCCAACCCUUCUCGGAGCCAAUCGCUUUCGCAUCACAGACGCGUCCAAUGGCCGGGUCGAUUUCGAACUGGACAUUCACCAGAAUCACACGAAUCGCCUGCAGACCAUCCAUGGCGGCACACUCGCUGCCAUGGUCGACCUGGGCGGCUCUCUGGCCGUAGCAUCGACGGGACGCUUCGCGACAGGCGUCACGACGGACCUCAACGUGUCAUAUCUGAGCCCUGGCGGCAAGGCUGGCGACCUGCUCACCGGCACUGCCAUUUGUGACAAGAUUGGCAAGACGCUGGCGUACACGACCAUCACAUUCAAGAACAGCAAGGGACAGCUCGCUGCUCGCGGGAGCCACACCAAAUAUGUCGCUGGCACCUUGGGAGAGGACGGGCCCUUUGUGGCGCCCGCAAAGUACGUCGAAGAAUUGGAUUAAUCCAGUCCGCAUGUUUGCUAUUACCUCAACCUAUAAACAUAGAAGCAGAACGCCAAUAGAGCUAACAAAC